AUGCUAGUAGCAUUGAAACAUGGACAUCCUAUUGCUAGCCAGCCUAUACUGAUUGGAGCAGCAGUUCUCACAAUUUUGGAUUUUAUUUUUCUCUUCCUAACAUCCGGUAGAGAUCCAGGAAUUAUUCCGAGGAAUUCACGUCCACCUGAAGAUGAAGCAUUUGACCUGAGUACACCAUAUCUUGACUGGAUGAGCAAUAAAACCCCUAAUGUGAAAAUACCCAGAAUUAAGGAUGUUAAAGUAAAUGGCAUGACGGUAAAGCGCAACUAUCCAUUCUUCAUAUUGUUCAUAUCAUCAUCAACUUUGUUGUGUUUGUAUGUUUUUUCAUUUUCUUGGGUUAACCUUGUUCGGCAAAAGGGUAGCUUGUGGUUCGCCAUGUCACAUGAUUUCAUAUCAGUUGCUCUCAUUGUAUAUUGCUUCAUAGCCAUUUGGUUUGUGGGUGGACUCACAGUUUUUCACUUGUAUUUGAUUUCUACCAAUCAGUUAGGAAAAUCCAAGUCCAUCUUUGGUGUUUAA